GACGACCUGAACCUGAAGCGAUGCAACUGGACGAACGGCUCGAAGCGGCCGACAAUCUGAACGAAAUGAUCCUCGUCCAUCGAUCGUACAUUGGGACCAUCUACGAUCACUCGUUCCAGACGGACGACAGCAAACCCUUCCGCGAGGGCGUCAUCCGGCUGCUCAACCUGGUCCACAUCGUGCGGGACGAGUGGAACAGCAACGUGCUGUACGUGGAGAUGGACGCCCGCGGGUACAUCGAGGACAACAGCAUGAUCGGAGACUUUAUCGCGAACGCCCAGGUCGGAAUGCUGGAGACGACGUACUGCAAGUGCCACCAGCAGCUGGCGGAGUUGCUGAAUCGGGAGGUUUAUGCGAAGCGGAAGAUGCAUCUGGCCGCCCUGGCAGACGCCUUCAGCUACAACGUUCCUCACUAAACAUCUCGUAACGGUAAGUAAAACCCGUUUAUUGGAAUCUUUUUCCAGUUUAUUUAUUCUUAG